CAACCACCCCUCGACCUCUGUCUGAAAAAGGGGGAGUUCUCCCUCUACCCAGCGGGGCACUACCAGACACCCCUGGGGUACGAGCGAAUAACGACCUUUGACAGCAGCGGGAACGUGGAGGAGGGGUGCCGGCCUCGCACCCGGAUGCUCUGUGCCCAGAGCACCUACACCCUGCCGGGGCCCGGCAGCUCUGCCACCUUGCGCAUCACUGCCACCGAGAAGAAGAUGCAGCAGCCCUGCACUAGUGCCACCCUGAACCGGCUCACGGUUCCCCGUUACUCCAUCCCAACUGGGGACCCGCCGCCCUACCCCGACAUUGCCAGCCAGCUGUCCCAGGGCAGAAGCAUUGCUCAGAGACUGGACAGCAGUAUCAUUCAUGCAACUCUGCGGAGGAACAGCAGAGAGGCAGCCCUGAAAAUGGCUCAGCUGGCGGAUGCGUCGCUAGUGCCAACGCUAGUAGCAGCACUUCCAGUAGGUGGAAUGAGACCUGAUCUGAGCACCGGGAGUGGCUCCCAGCACAGCUCCAUCAUCGCUCACUCUGUCAGUACUUCACCUCUGGCCUCCCAGUCCUCCUACAGCUUGCUGAGCCCACCUGACAAUUCCCGUGACCGAGCAGAUUAUAUCAACUCAGCCUUCACGGAGGAUGAGGCCCUUUCUCAGCACUGCCCAGUGGAGAAAUCAAUACGGCACGUACCCGUGUCCUUGACGGAGGCUGCCCUUGGUGUAAAACGGCCACCACCAUACCAGUGGGACCCUAUGGUGAGUGAAGAGAUAUGGGUUCCUCAGGAAAGGACAUCUCAGAGCUCAGUGCCAAACCCUCUAAAACCUACUCCUCUCAUCAUCGGUCAAGCUCAACAUCUGGAUAUGUCUCGAGUGCCGUUUGUUUCCCCCAAGUCUCCAACCAGUCCCACUGCCACUUUCCAGACGAGUUACGGGGUUGGAGUACCUUACCCAGGAAGCUACAGUGCCCCUCCCCUUCAGGGAAUGCAGCCCCCCUGCUCCCCCAAAGAAGCUCUGGCCCCAACGCAGUUUGCACAGCAGGAGCCCACAGUCGUGCUUCAGCCGGGUUAUCCAUCCAACCUCUCCUAUUGCCCUUUGCCACCUAUGUAUCCAGGAAGUAGCGCCUGCUCUAGUUUACAGCUGCCACCCAUCGCCUUGCACCCGUGGAGCUCCUACAGCACCUGCCCACCCGUACAGAACCCCCAGGGCACGUUGCCCCCCAAGCCGCUCCUCGUGGUGGAGAAGCCAGUGAUGUCUCCCCCGCCGGCAGAGCUGCAGGGCCACGUGGGCACAGAGGUAAUGGUGGAGACGGCAGACACCUUCCAGGAGGUGCUCUCCUUGACAGAAAGCCCCGUUCCUCAAAGGACGGACAAAUUCAGCAAGAAGAGCCGGAAGCGCCUGGACAGUCGAGCCGAGGAAGGAAACGUGCAGGCUAUCACCGAGGGCAAGGUCAAAAAGGAGGCAAGGACUCUGACCGACUUCAAUUCGCUAAUAUCCAGCCCUCGUCUGGGGAGGGAGAAGAAGAAAGUCAAGAGCCAGAAAGACCAGCUGAAGUCCAAGAAGCUAAACAAGACGAAUGAGUUUCAGGACAGUUCGGAGAGCGAGCCAGAGCUUUUUAUCAGUGGGGAUGAACUGAUGAACCAGAGCCAGGGCAGCAAAAAGGGUUGGAAAACCAAAAGGAGUUUGAGGACAGCCAGUGAGCUGGACGAAUUCAAGUGCCGGAAGGCCAGCGAGAAGGAGGAUGGGAGGCUGGGGAGCCAGGGCUUUGUGUACGUGAUGGCCAACAAGCAGCCGCUGUGGAAUGAGGCUACGCAAGUCUACCAGCUGGACUUCGGAGGGCGGGUGACCCAGGAGUCGGCAAAAAACUUUCAAAUUGAGCUGGAAGGACGACAGGUGAUGCAGUUUGGAAGGAUUGAUGGCAAUGCUUACAUUUUGGACUUUCAGUAUCCAUUUUCUGCAGUGCAAGCCUUUGCUGUUGCUCUGGCUAAUGUGACUCAACGCCUGAAAUGAACAAGCAGAGACUGGAGAGAGGAAAAUGUUAACCUUCUCAUAAAGUCCAAACCGGAAAAUGUCAGGGCAGCCUGCUUUAGGUGUGCAGAGGUGCCUGGGAGUGAAGGCGGCAGUAAAACUGGAAAAGUCUCUUGGUGCCCAGCAGAAGGGCAUUAACUCUAAUCAGUCAUGGGGUGGAGGGUGGAAUGCUGUUUUCUGUUUUGUUUGUUUGUUUGUUCGUUUGUUUGUUUUCAGGUGUUUUUUUCCUUUUUAAGCGUUGUGCUGGGUCUCAGAAAGAGCGAAGGGUUGAGAGCCAUUCAGUGUUACGUGGAGAAGUGUGGCUUUUGGCUUGUUGUGGUGGUUCUGCUGUGUAUGCUACAGUAGCUGAUGUAAGCUCAUAGGGGGAUUAAAAAAGACUGCUUUUUUUUGAUAGACUGCCUUAUAUCAUGCUGUUCUUUUUAAAACAGGGAACAUAACUUUUUUUCUGGUCCAGUUUGUACUACUACUACUCUACUACUACUACAUCAGUGAUAGCAGCAAAAAAAGAAAACAAAGAAGCUAUAAUACUUGAAGACAUGUGUUUCUUCUCUGAUCUCUGAUAAUAAGUGAGCACCACAAGUUCCAAGGAGGCUUAUGUAGGUCAAUGUUUAAUUUAUAAAUAAUGAUGUAUUAUUCAGAAGAGAAACAAUUGUUACCAAUGGGUGGUUUAAAAACCCACUGUAUCAAAGAAGUUGAUGUCUGCUUGUUUUGUGUGCUGUUAUUGGGGAUAAACAUCUUUCAGUAGGUGACAAAAAAUAGGGGAGGAAGUAACUAUAAGCGUUGCUUCUUUGCUCAUAUUGAUCAGCAGUAUUCUCCAAUUUGGCCUGUAGUUGGGAGAAGUACAGUGUGACCAGAUGUACCUCUGAGGCCACGCCUGUACAUGUUCCUCAUUUAAAUGU